AUGGUUUGGCCAGACAAAGGACUUUUGGCUACGGCUUUCGAGGAGGACAAUGAGGUUCGGAGCCUAUUCAGGCAGAACAAGGGCCACCUACUUUCUUGGCCCUCGCCAGAGCUGGUAGGGGUUGCUAGCCUGAAAGCCCUGGCCCUGAACGUUACCGUGAUCAAGCUUGCAAUACGCAUCUGGGGCCAAGCGACGCCCACACCUAAAGCUAUGUCGGUGGAUUGGCUGAAGAACGAAGUAUCUGGCCUUCACGAUAUGCUUUGUGCUGGUGGCAAAGGGAAGACAGUGCCUAUUUAUGUCGACAGCUGGGGUAUCAAGCGGUUGUCUACCCUAGCUAUGCGACGGUGGAAGGCUCCUAUCGCUACCUUACGGGAUCGUACACUACAUGGCUUAUUCCGUGAAAUGACGCAAGCUUGGGGUGAGGAGGCUGCAGAACCCGACCAGGAGUUGGAUGAUGAUGAUGGUGUGGCUCCUGCUGAGGAUGAUGCUUACCCAGAUGCUGGAGACGCAGCUGCCGAAGAUGCCAGUGGGUCUGCAGAAGCGCCGGCUCGGGAAGCCGAGGAUGCCUUAGAUGCAGAGCUGCAGGCCACGGAGCAGCAGCUGCAAAUCCUGCAGAAUUACUUGGAAGAUCGCCGCAGAGUGCGAGCACGCAGCAUCUCGGUGCACCUGAUCCAUCUGUCUCGGACACUGUGCCCUGGGACAUCACGGCUGGAAACUUUGAAGGUCCAGCAGGCUGCAUCGAUAUCAGUGAUGAUGACGGUGAUUAUGCUUCAUCUCCGAGUCCUGAACUCGAUGGCACUGGACCCUCGGAAGCUCCAGAAUCUGAUCUGCCUGGUGAUGGACCCUCAAAAGCCCCAGAAAUCAAUCUGCCUAGCGAAGCACCAGAAGCUGAUCUGCAUGGUGGACCCUCGGAAGCCCCAGAAUCUGAUCUGCCUGGUGAUGGAGCUACGAAAGCCCCAGAAUCUGAUCUGCCUGGUGAUGGAGCCUCGAAAGCCCCAGAAGCUGAUCAGCCUGGUGAUGGAGCUACGAAAGCCCCAGAAUCUGAUCUGCCUGGUGAUGGAGCCUCAAAAGCCCCAGAAGCUGAUCUGUUGCCACGCGGAGCCAGAGGACCCUGCCGACUUCGACGUCAUGAACUUUAAGGGCAAGCCUUCCUACCUGGACCAGCACGGAGCUACGAAGGUUCGGGGUGAUGAUGGCGAUGGUGAAGAUGGGGUGGCAAGACAGGUCGUGGUCGUGGGGGAAGAGGUCGUGGCUGCAGGGGCCGUGGCGUCAGCAAGCAAGGCAAAGGGAUGCCAAGAUUCCCCAAGCAAGGCAUCCCCAAGCAAGGCAUCCCCGAGCAAGGCAUCCCCGAGCAAGGCAUCCCCGAGCAAGGCAUCCCCGAGCAAACCCAAGCCCAAGGGCAAAGCCAAGGCGAAAUCCGGCCCGAAGGCCAAGGCAGCUCCAAAGAUGCCUCCCCCAGACAAGGCUACUUCAGAUGAUGGUGCUAAGAAGCGAAAGCGCCAUGCUGAGGAGGAUAAAAGCUUUGCUAGACGUGCCAAACCGAAGAUGACAGUCCCCUUGAACCACUGGACAGCCAUUCGGGAUGUCUUCCGGGCCGAGCUUGCAGACACUUGUGGCAGUGUGGAGCAGGACAGUUCUUAA